AUGGCGGCAGCGCAACCUCCCUCACGAAGUGCAACGCCAUCAAUCCUUCAAAAGCGGGUCCUAGAAGAAGACCAUGCGCCCGCCAUCUCCUCUCCGCUAAACCCGGACGCAAUGCCCCGAGCACGCCCAGCAGCAAGGCCUCCUCCACGAGAGCAGCGCGAGAAGAGAGAGACGAUUAAGAAACGGGAGGCUACCGCAAGGGGUAGCACGCCGGACAAGAAGGGGAAACACAAAGGCCCUGAAGCCCCGUCGCCGAUCAAGUACGCCGUCCCAGAGCCCAAGCUUGAGGCCUACGAACCGCCCAAGGACCCGACACUUGUAUCGCAUGAGCCGACGCCGAUACUUACGCCUGAUGGCACAGUGGAGCUCAAGAAUCCGCUUGAUAGACCCUUCCAUAAAGCCUACCGCUACCUCCCCUGCGUCGCCGACCCCCUUUUCCCCCACAAACAAUGGUACCGCCAAACCGACCAGCGGCCCUUCGGCGCUCGCAUGUCCUUCCUGGACAGCGACAAGCGCCUCCACUUCGACGACACCCUGACCCACGUCACCAACGACAAAGGCUGGCGCAUGGGCCGCGGGAACGUGGCCGCCAGCGAAGGAAGCCACUACUACGAGGUCAAGAUCCUGCGCGGCGUGCCCUCCUCCGGACCCCCGAUCCCACCAGGGCAAGAAGACAACCCGCAGCCGCACAUUCGCGUGGGCUGGGCGCGGCGCGAGGCCCCCCUCGACGCACCCGUCGGCUACGACGGCUACAGCUACGGCAUCACAGACCUGCGCUUCGAGACAAUGCACAAAUCUCGCCCGGGCAAGCUUUUCCACUCCCUCCCGCCCUCCAAGACCAAAAAAACCAAACCCGGCGCUGCCAAACCCGCCCCCGAGCCCAUCCACCUCGCCGACCCCAACAUCCGCGAAGGCGACGUCAUCGGGCUCGAGAUCCGGCUGCCCUCUCUCUCUUUGCACCGCAAAGUCGUCAGCGGGAACUACAACCCCGCCGUCGACCUAACCGACGGCUUCGACGAUCCCGACCCCACCUCCCCCUUCAAAAUCGGCCAAGCCAUAGAUGUGAUACGUGACCGCAUGCCCGUUCCCUACAAGAGCCAGAUGUACCUCGAGCACUUCGAGUACCGGCCUACGGCGCCAAUGGUGCACUACGGGGACCGCUCCGUGGACCCCAAACACAGCCCCCUCUCCACCACGCCCAGCCCGAACCACGAGGAUCCGGCGCUGAGGUGCUUGCCGUUCAGCAGUAUCAACGUGUACAAGAACGGGGAGUUGGUCGGCACGGCGUUUGAGAACCUGAUGGCGUUUCUGCCGCCCGCAAGCCGCCUGACGGGACCGGAGGAGCAGAGGUGUGCGUUCGAUGAUGGCAUGUUGGGGUAUUUGCCUGCGGUUGCGGCGUUUUGUGGGGGAGUCGCGCAGGUGAAUUUUGGGCCGGAGUUUUGGUUUCCGCCUGCGGGACUGCGGAGGGAGGGAGGAGGGGGCGAGGGGGGUGCCGGGGUGGUGGAUGGCGAAGGCGAUGUCGCGAUGGGUGGGGAUAGGGAGAGCAGAGUGGCGGAGAAGAGGAGGUUGAGGGGCAUAGGCGAGAGGUUCAAGGAACAGGUCGCUGAGGAUAUCGUGUGGGAUAUCGUGGACGAGACGGUGUUCUUUGUGCAGGAUGGUGGUGUAGUGCAUGCGGGAGUGCAGCCUGGGAAGGCGGCUGGCGCGUCGGCGGGGAGGAAAGACAAGCUGGUGGAAGAUUGA